AUGGGAAGUAUAGGUUUUGAAAAAUGUGUUUUAGAACAUGGGCUAUAUGUAAAAUGCUGCCAACACAAUGGCAGAAUAGAAAGGUUGAUUGUGUGCCUAUAUGUGGAUGACUUGCUAGUCACAGGGUGCAGUGAAGAAAUGAUUUCAGAAUUCAAGACACAAAUGUUGAUGGAGUUUGAGAUGAGUGAUUUUGGAAGACUCAACUACUUUCUUGGGAUAGAGUUUACUGAGACUGAGUGUGGAAUAAUGAUGCAUCAGUCCAGAUAUGUGUUAAAUUUGCUAAAGAAGUUUUUUGAGAUGGCAGAUUGCAAUGCAGCGAAUACUCCAACAGAAGUAGGGCUGAGGCUUGAGAAAGAACUAGAGGAGGAAGCUGUUGAUCCAACAACUUACAGAAGAAUGUGGGGAGUUUGA